AUGAGAAGAGGACUUAACAUAAACUAAUUUUAAGACUGGUAAUGCGGAUAGGACUAUGAGCUCGUAAAACUCCUAGGUACAGGAUCCUAUGGAUAAGUUGCUAGUGCUGUUCAUAAGCCCACUGGCAAAAAGGUUGCCAUAAAAAAGAUGGAUAAUAUAUUCGAUGAUGAAGUUGAUUGCAAAAGAAUUUUAAGGGAAAUCACUUUACUUAGAAGACUUAGACAUCCUUAUGUGGUUGAACUUUUCGAUAUCAUAGAGCCAGCUGAUGUUGAUAAAUUUGAUACUCUCUAUGUUGUACUUGAACUAGCAGAGAGUGAUUUGAAGAAAGUUAUAAAAUCUGCAAUCCACUUGUAGCUUAAGCAUAUUUAGCUCGUGGUUUAUAAUUUAUUCUGCGCAGUAAGAUAUUUGCAUUCUGCCAAUGUCUUGCAUAGAGAUCUCAAGCCCGCUAAUAUUCUUGUUAACGAGGACUGCAGUGUUAAAAUUUGCGAUUUCGGAUUGGCAAGAAGUAUUGCUGGAGUUGAAUAAGCUAGUUUGAUCAUUGGUAGCAGUAAGAGAUUCGGCAAAAAUGAAGAAAACUCAAUGAGAACUGAUGAGAACCACGAAGAAGUAACACUAAAAGGAACAGAACCAGCAAGGCUCCAUCACCAAGAUUAGACUGUAGAAGAGCUUAAAAAAGAGGAGGAGGAAAAAGGAGCGGAUACUACACCAACAAGUCAAAUGACAGAGGCCUAAAAGAGAUAAGAAAUGACUAAAAGAUUACUAAAGACAAAAGAUCAAAGAAAAAAUAUCAAGAGAGAACUUACAGGGCAUGUAGUAACCAGAUGGUAUAGAGCACCAGAACUCAUUCUACUCGAAAAAGAGUAUGGUCCAGCUAUUGAUGUCUGGUCCGUAGGUUGCAUAUUCGCUGAGUUACUCGGCAUGAUGAAGGAGAGUGCACCAACAUAUCUCGAUAGAAGACCUUUAUUCCCAGGUAAAUCUUGCUUCCCACUGAGUCCAGACCACGACAGCAAAUCCGUAGAUAAUCGUCAUGGAUUCCCCAUAUCAACAAACGAUUAAUUAGCUGUUAUUUUCUUGGUUAUUGGAACUCCAAAUGAGGAAGAUAAGUCUUUUGUCACAGAUCAAAAAGCUCUCGACUACCUAAAUGCCUUCCCUAACAGAGAAAAAGUUGACUUAUGCACCAUUUAUCCAGGUGCUGGGGAGGAGGCCAUUGACCUCUUGCACAAGAUUCUAGUAUUUAACCCUUAUUUCAGAAUAUCCCUUGACGAUUGUCUUGAGCAUCCAUUCUUCAAGAGCAUGAGAAAGCCAGAUAAAGAAUAAAAGGCUACCGAGGGAGUUCAUUUCGACUGGGAAAAGGAGACAAUGGAUAUUCCUAAAUUAAGACAGCACUUUUUGGAGGAGAUUAUGUAUUUUAAAAAAUUAAGAGAAAAGGGAGCAUAAUGA